UCCACGCCCCCAGCCUGCCCCGCGCGGCGGUGGGAGGGGAGGGGCGGGGCGGGAGUGGGGCCUCGCGGCCGCACGUGGGCUCGCGCCGCCAGGUAAUGUGAGGAUGACCAUGGCCCAGGCUGGAGCCGUAGUUGCAGCUGCCACAGGACUCCUCGUCUUCUUCCUGUACUCCUCUAUCCACAAGGUUGAGGAGGGGCACCUGGCCGUGUAUUACAGGGGUGGUGCGUUGCUAACUAGUCCAAGUGGCCCAGGCUACCACAUCAUGCUCCCAUUCAUUACCACUUUCAAAUCUGUGCAGACCACACUGCAGACUGAUGAGGUGAAAAAUGUGCCUUGUGGGACAAGUGGUGGUGUUAUGAUUUACAUUGACCGAAUAGAAGUUGUGAAUAAACUGGCACCAUAUGCAGUGUAUGAUAUUGUGAAAAACUACACUGCAGACUACGAUAAGACCUUGAUCUUCAACAAAAUUCAUCAUGAGCUGAAUCAGUUCUGCAGUGCCCAUACUCUGCAGGAAGUAUACAUUCAGCUGUUUGAUCAAAUAGAUGAGAAUCUGAAGUUGGCCCUGCAGAAGGAUCUCAAUGUCAUGGCACCGGGUCUCACUAUCCAGGCUGUGCGUGUUACAAAACCCAAAAUUCCAGAAGCCAUCCGAAGAAAUUUUGAGCUCAUGGAGGCUGAGAAGACCAAGCUGCUGAUUGCAGCCCAGAAGCAGAAGGUAGUAGAGAAAGAGGCAGAGACAGACCGGAAGAAAGCACUCAUUGAGGCUGAGAAGGCUGCUCAGGUGGCCAGGAUUCAGUAUCAACAGAAGAUUAUGGAGAAGGAAACAGAGAAGCGGAUUUUUGAGAUCGAAGAUGCUGCAUUCCUAGCAAGAGAGAAAGCAAAAGCUGAUGCAGAGUUCUAUGCUGCUUGGAAACUAGCUGAUUCCAACAAGCUAAAACUUACCCCUGAGUAUCUGGAACUAAUGAAAUAUGAAGCGAUAGCUGCCAACAGCAAGCUGUAUUUUGGUGACCGCAUCCCCAGUGUAUUUCUGGAUUCCUGUGCCUUCCAGCAAGCCAGUCUGAGGACUGCCCAAGAACCAACCUUCCUUCACAGGAGGCCCCAGAGACCUCUGGAGAAAACCACCUCAGAGCAAAGGAAAGCACAGGCUGACAGAGGUAGAAGGAUACCUGGUGCAGCUCAACAGCUAGCCUAGCUGUGAAUGGGGAUGUUGCCCUGUGCUUCUGGGGCGGAUGCAGCGUGGACAUCCUGUGUAUAGGUGGCAGUUGGGUUGAUUUUCUUCUAGCAACACAUUUGCAAGCGCUCUGCCUCUUCGGUUUCUUCCCCUGUUAAAUUGGUGCUUCCAAAUGAGGGAUAAUCCUGUACUAACAUACCUAUACUGGAAUAUUAAAAGACAGACACCAGGAAAGCCUUCCCUGCAGUAGGUGCAGUUAUUUAGUGAGCAUUACUCUGGAGGUAGGAGAUGUGGCUUUGAAUGCCGUGUUGCUACACACUGGGCAUUCCCCAGUGCUCCUCAGUGAGGCCAAGUGAAGAGGUUUCCUUCGUCCUGCCAAUGAAGUUUUGUUGUGAGGACUCUGAGGCAGGUUUCUACCGGCGCUCUCUAACUCUCCUCAAGGACUCCAGUGGAGCGGGCUCUCCUUGGCUGUCCGUGUUGCUGCUCAGGCCAAGGCCUGGCCUGACAAGGAAUGGUUUGGUGUGGAAUAGGUUAUUUGAAUAGGAUCUGCAUCGCCAUUAUCUUCUUUCCUGUAGGCAGUGACACUAGAUAACAGCUUUGAGCAAGCAGUCCUUAACAGGCUUCUGUAACUUCCUUCUCCAAGCAAGAGCCUCCCACUGGCUGCCUGUGACUGUAGUUUGUUUCAGCUGGGUGGCUGGGUCUCACCUUGCAUCCUAAACCAGAUUUCAGAGUGCAUGGAGCACCUCCAAGCAGCUGUUUGGGAACAGAGCUGGGAAAUCUUUGCUUAGGCCACAGCCUCCCUGUAGGUUUUUUCACCAGGGAAAGGGAGCUGAAUUUCCACUGCUCUGCCUCGCUGGCAAAGUGAAGGAGAAGAGUGAAGGGACCCUGCUCUGCAGAAGAUCAGAUGUGUGACACCUCAACUACAAAGUAAGGCAUCAUUGCCCCCAGUGCAAAAUCCACUGCUCCAAGAAGUGGGACCUGCAUCCUGUGUCUUUGAACAGCCACAACUGGGAAUGUGUCACUGGUCCUCUCAUCACUGGCCAGGCUUUGCUGGCGCUUUUGUCUCCUGAGCGGUGCUGGCUCAUGAUCAUACCUCCUGAUGUGUGUUGUAAUAUAUCCAACCCCUGCUCCCUGUGUGCAGUGCAGAGUGAGAGAAAGAGACAUACUUGGGGGGUGUAUCUGCUGGUACAGUCUGCGUUCCUCUUUUCCUCUGUCCUUCCCUUUGCCUGUGAGGAUGUGCGUGUUCCUAGGACCUGCUUCUCUUUGUGUUCUGCAAUGAUUCCAGAAGAUGGUGGCUGGGGAAGCCAGCUGGCAAGAGCUUGAGCUGAAAAUGCCAUUCCCCAGCUGGUAGCACCACAGCAUGGCCUGUCUCUGAGCCCACCACUUGUUCAGAGACCACCUUUUCUCCUCAGCCUGGAAUAUCUGUAUGUUCAUCCUGCUUUCCGGUCCCCUCGGGUGCCCCUCAGAUGGUCUGGUUGGUGCUGGUGUUGAGGCCCCUGGCACCAUCUGCAGCCUUGUGACAAGGGGAGGAACAUGCCUAGCUUUUGCCUUGGUGAUUCAACCCAAAGCAUCCUAAAUUUCACCUCUGCUAAUGCUUUACCCCAGUGAGUUGUGUGGGCUUCAGGCUUUCCAGUGCUGCUUUCCUAUCCUGUGUGGCUUGACUCGGAGGUUGGCAGUGUCUCUUCCUCAAGGAGGUUUGGUUACAUGUGGUGCCUUAUGCUGUCUUAGCUCCUGUCCUGGCUGCCUCUCCUCCAUUUCUGGGGCAAAGCAGGGAUACAUUGACCCUGCCUCUCCUGCUAGCCAGCUUGGCUAACUGUAGGACUUUGCAGCAGCUUCAGAUGAUGUUCUUUCUUCCUGUCUGCAAACCCAAGGCCCGGUUCUUUCUGUGCUCCAGGACACCAGUUGUUCUUCAAACCCAGCCAUGGCAGGAGCCAGGGAUCAGGUCCUUGUCCCAGUAGGAAGCCAGCUGAAGGUGCUGAGGUUGUGCAUGAGUGUGCUUCUUCAUGCUGCAAGAGAGAGAGGAUGCUGCUGUUGCCAGGAGGUGCCUCCAGUCUUGGUACACUGGGGGUUGGUGGCACAGCCAUGUGCCAUGCAGAUCCCAGCCUGGGGAGCACUGACCUGAGCUUUUGCAUGAUGGGGCUCAUGCCUUCACCUGCCAAAGGCUCCUCCUGGUGAAGAGCAGCCUUUGAAAGAUACUGGUGGGCAGAGGAGCAGGAAGGAUGUCCUUGUGAUGCCGGAAGGCAGCAUGGCAGGCACAGCAAGGGCGAAGCUGAAACCUUUGACUGAUGGCAGGAGUGGGCAAGCACAGCAUGGGCCCCUUUAGACCCUGCAGUGCCCUCCCAGGGGAAGGGGCCAGGACAGAAAGGGGGUGGCAGUGUAUUUUGUAGCUGUGGUGUUUGAACUGUCUCCUGGAAGCAUUCUUUUGACUUGCAAGGUCCUUUUUUUCCUGUGGGAAGGGCUUCAAGGGGCCAGUGGAGUCACAUCUCUUUGACCCUCCACCUCUGAAGCAUUGCUGGCUUGCAGCAGGUGCUUUGCAGCAGGAACACAUCCUCUCCUCACCCCACAGCAGCCACUUUGGUUGAAUUUUGGGACAAAGGCAGGCUUUAUAGAACAGAAGCACUCCUGGAGGGGACGGAGACAUGUCUCCAUGUCGUGCUCACUGAGGUUUGGUGCUACCCAAUGUUGGUAUCACACCCUGGGCAUCAGGCUGGGUGGACAGGGGUAGGUUCUGCCAGCCUGGAAAAGACAAGAAGGGCACAGGGGCAACCCCUAGAAGCAGUAACCAAGCAGCCCCCAGUUCUUCAGUGGUCAAAGUGAGAUCCCCAGGCAGGGAGCAGGAAAGCCCCCCAGUCCAAUGGAGGGAGGGCUGCUUCCCUUUGGAUCUGAGCCUUGCUUGCCCUCCCUACUGCCUUUCAGAUGCAUCCAUGGUUAUCGCUGGCUAAUUGUCAUCCUGCUCUGUUUGGGUGUGCAACAGCCCCUUCCUAUCCCUGCACUCUGAGGGGUGCUGGGUGCCACCAGGAACAUGGGAUUGAACUGUUUUUUUCUCUCUGUUCAAAAGGUCUGUGUGCUUCUGUGAGUAAAGGGGUCUGCCACUAGAUCCACACCUUCUUUCAGGAAACAUGGAAUCAUAGGACGAGUUGGGUUGGAAGGGACCUUAAAACCAUGAUACAUAUGUUCAAGUUUACAUGCACAGUGUUAAGUUCUUUUGAUAAAGGAGAAUAAAACUAUUUUGUUAA